AAGUACGAAGGCUUGAACCGGGUUGCUGAGCUCAUUCGUCCAGGCGAUUGGAUGUUCUCCUUCGACCUGAAAUCCGGCUACCACAACGUCGAGAUCCACGCCUCCUACGGGAAGUUCCUGGGAUUCCUAUUUGAAGGACAUUAUUAUUCAUUCCAUUCGCUCCCAUUUGGGCUCGCCACAGCCCCAUUCCUCUUCACGCAGUUGAUCAAGCAAGUAGCAAAGAGAUGGCGGACGAUUGGCAUGCGGGUUGUUCCGUACGUCGACGACUUGCUGUUCCUUUGCAAAUCCCAUCUCUAUGCGCGUUCAACUUGUGCAACCGUCGUACGGGACUUGAGGGCGGCGGGCUUUAUCAUCAAUUCAAAGAAAUUGCAUCUCAACCCCUCGCGUCAUAUAGCCUUCCUCGGCUUGGAGAUCGACGCUACCAAUCAACAUUCAACAGGACUCAUAUGAAAUGAAGCACGCUGCCUUUA